GCUUCAGUGACACAAAUUAGAACAACGCUGGUUUCAAUAUGCACCCUUCUGCAUUUAUAAUAAGGUUGAAGUGAGCUCAGUUCAUCACAGACUCCUAAAUACUGUGUAAAUAUUGCACUAUUCACUUGUUCAUUUUAAAAGGGUCGCUGGGGCUUUAAAUGGCUCCUUGAACCUUCGGGCACCCAGUUAAUAAACACCCACGUCAGCACAGAGCUCCAGUCGCUCCGACCGGGUUUCGGUCUUUAGGGCUGAGCAGGAAGUGUCUGCCUGUGGACCCUGGACGAGGGGGAAAGAAAGCAGAGGGGGGCGACGCGGCGAGGUAACGUGAGAUAAAAUGGAUAUGGUGGCGGAUUUGGGGGCGAGCAGGCUCUAUCGGGCGCCGGGUGAAUCCAGCCACCAGCAACCUCAGAGGUGGUUCAACACGGCCGACAUCACUGCAUCUCACCAGAGCAACCUUUUGAAGCAGCUAAACGAGCAGCGCCGGCAGGAGCUUUUUUGCGACUGCAGUGUGUUGGUUGAGGGCCAGCUCUUUAGGGCCCACCGGAACGUCUUGUUUGCCAGCAGCGGCUACUUCCGGAUGCUGCUGUCUCAGGGGCCAGACGAGCUGCCAGAAACUGUCAAUGCCACCUUCGACGUCUUCAGCCCAGAGACUUUCACCGUCAUCCUGGAUUUUAUCUACUCCGGGCAGCUGGAUCUGUCCAGUCACAAUGUGAUCGAGGUCAUGUCCGCGGCCAGCUACUUGCAGAUGAACAGUGUCAUCACAUACUGCAAAAAUUUCAUCAAAUCUUCCCUGGACAUUAGUGUAAAGGACGAAGACAGUGACCGCUGCCAUAGCCUGUCUGAGACCUGUUCUUUCACCAGCGGAGCAGGAGAAGAGUCUACAGAGCAUCCGCAGCAAGGCCCCCGCUCCGUCAGCCCACCACCUGCACUCUGGACCCGGGACAACUCCAGGUCCCAGUCCAGUUUUAUGGGGAAGGAGCCGGAGCAGGAAGGUGUGGUCUCAGCCCUUAAGACUGACCCAAGCAGCCCUGCUAAUGAGCUCAGUGCAGAGACAGAUGAUCUGCAUGACCCUCAGGACCCUCUGUACACACUACCAGGAUCAGAGCGCCGACGUGGGAAAGCAGGGACCAAACGGAGAGCUCCCAACAGCAUUCGUUCUGGCCAGCAUGAAGACCUGGAUAUUCAGGAGGCGAGAACCCUAAAGGCUGAGAAAGCAGAGGAGCUUUACGCCACAUUACCUCCAAUUGUUGGUGUUAUUGGCCACUUUAAUAAAGAUUCCAACCCUGUUAUGCGUUUUAAAUGCCCAUUUUGCACACACACUGUGAAGAGGAAGGCAGACCUGAAGCGUCACCUGCGCUGUCACACCGGAGAGAGACCGUACCCAUGUCAGGCCUGCAAUAAGCGCUUCACCCGCCUGGAGCACCUACGUAGCCACUUUGAGACGAUUCACCAAGCCAGGAAACUGGUGUGCAGGAAGUGCAAAUGUCAGGUGACAGAGGAAACUGGGCAUGUGGUGUGCGAGGGCACACGCCGCUACCGCAUCUGCACCACCUGCAUUCAGGAGGUGGGCUGUGAUGACAUUCCCAUGGACGGUCUGCAGACGCCCAAUGAGGAGCCAGCGCUGUUAUUAGGUGUGGACGGUGAGGAGGAGGGCGACACCAAGAGAAACUGGAUGGUGAAUGAUGAAGAUGAUCUUGCUGAAGACUCGGGUGCAGAUCUCAUCAUCCAGCAAGUGGAAGACAGCGACGAGGAGCUGCAGUGAAGAAGGACCAAACUAUGUGCAGAUGUAUUGACGGUUUGCAUCUCAGUGUUAAAGCAAUGCAAAAAGAAAAAAUAAAAUAAUAAUAAAAUAAAAUUGUAGUCUGGAGAUGUAAGCUCUCAGUUUGUUGGGUGUAUCAAACACAGGAAUCAUUCAUUUCGAACCAGUGGGGAAAACAAAAACUGCUUUUUGUAAAUGUUGCUAAAGUUAUGCAGUAUCCAAAGCAUGCAUUUGAAUUUUUAUGUUUUGGUUGAGUUGUUGUAUUACAAUGAUUUUAAUAAGUGUUUCUUCAUUUGAAUGCAUGAAAAGACACUAUGUCUUUGCAGAGAUUUGGGACUUUUUAUUAGCAAUGAACCCAAAAUGUUGAUCCAGACUAAAUGGCAGCUUUUAAGGAUUUUUCAAGUUUAAGGAGACAUCAUUUUGUUUUAAGUGUUUGUCUGGAACUCUCUGAUUUCCUGUUUAUUAUAUGCACUAUGGUAUAAUCAAUUAUAAUUUAUUUAUUACUUUUUAUUUUUACGUUGACACAUUAAAUAUAUUUUUAUA